AUGAGCAUCAAAUUCAACGUCAAUGGCUUUCCCUACGAGGUGCAGCCGUCCGAUUUUCCAGCGGACAUAACGCUGAACACCUUUCUGCGUGAACAUCUGCACCUGACGGCCACCAAAUUCAUGUGCCUGGAGGGGGGCUGUGGCGUCUGUGUCUGUGUGAUAAGACGUCGGAAUCCCACGACCGGGGAAGUGCAUACGCGGGCAGCCAACUCGUGCCUCACAUUGCUCAACACCUGCGACGAUGUGGAUAUCGUGACCGAUGAGGGAUUGGGGAAUAAAGGCAGUGGCUACCAUCCCAUACAAAAGCGUCUGGCCAAAAUGAAUGGCACACAGUGUGGCUUUUGUUCGCCGGGAUUUGUGAUGAACAUGUACGGAUUGCUGGAGUCCAAAGCUGGCCACGUCACAAUGGCCGAGGUGGAGGAUGCUUUUGGUGGCAACAUAUGUCGUUGCACCGGCUAUCGCCCCAUUCUAGAUGCCAUGAAAUCCUUUGCCACGGACAGCACCAUUUCCGUACCCGGGGAGUGUGUAGACAUUGAGGACUCCUUCGAGUUGCUGUGCCCCCGCACGGGUCAGUGUGGCAGCGGUGGUUGCUCGCGAGCCACACUGAGCACUCAAAACGACAGCCACUGGCAUUGGCCCAAAUCUUUGGCGGACCUCUUCACCGCACUGAGCCAAGUGAGCAGCAAUGAGUUGUACAUCUUAGUCUCCGGCAAUACGGCGCAUGGCGCCUAUCGGCGUUCGCGAGACAUCAAGCACUUCAUAGAUGUAAACAAUGUGCCCGAGUUAAAGCAAUACAGCAUCGAAUCGGACCACAUACUGCUGGGCGCCAAUCUAACGCUGACAGAAACGAUGGAGAUCUUUCGACUGGCGGAGCAGCGCGCCGGUUUCGAGUAUUGUGCACAGCUGUGGCAGCAUUUCAACCUGAUUGCCAAUCUGCCAGUUCGAAAUAACGGCACAUUGGCGGGCAACAUAAGCACCAAGAAACAGUACCCCCACUUUGCUUCCGAUAUUUUCAUCACUUUCGAGACCCUCGACGCCCAUGUUCUGGUGCACGAGCAUCCGGGAGCACAACGUGUCCUCACACUACUGGAUUAUUUACAUGACACUACACCGAAUCUGGUUAUUGGGGGAUUCCUAUUAAGGCCCUAUCCGACGACCAAAUACCUUUUCAAUACGUAUAAGAUACUGCCCCGCGCCCAAAAUGUGCACGCCUAUGUGAAUGCUGGAUUCCUGAUCGAGUGGAAUGACGAUCAACACCAUAUUGUGCAAUCGGCGCGUAUAUGUUUCGGAAAUUUGAGUCCGAGUUUUGUGCAUGCGGUAGAAGUAGAGAGCUUGCUAGUGGGCCGAGAUUUAUAUGAUGCCGCCACUGUAUCUGAAGCGUUUGAGCGUCUGGAAGCCAGCUUGCAAGUGGUCGAAAUGCCACCGGAAGCAUCGCCGGAAUAUCGACACAAACUGGCCUGCUCCCUGUUCUACAAGUUCUUACUGUGGUCUGCUCCCGAGGAGUUGGUAAAAAAGCAGAAAAGAAGUGGGGGACUGCUGCUAGAGCGGCCCCUCUCCUCGGGCAGUCAAACAUUUGAAACGAUUAGCAAAAACUAUCCCGUAACGCAGCCCGUGCAGAAGCUAGAGGGUCUAAUUCAGUGCUCCGGCGAAGCGCCGUACAUGAACGAUCUCUUGACCACAAGUAAUGCCGUGCACUGCGCCUUUGUGACUGCCAAACGUGUGGGCGCCACUAUCGAGCAAAUCGACCCCACCCCCGCUCUCAGGUGCAAGGGCGUGGUCGCCUUCUACGCCGCCAAAGAUAUACCCGGUGUGAACAAUUUUAAUAAUGCCAGUGUGUUAGUUGUGGAGCCGGAGGAGGUGUUCUGUUCGGGCAGAGUCAAGCACUAUGAUCAGCCCUUGGGCGUUAUAGCAGCAGUUAACCAUGACUUGGCUGUCUAUGCCGCCACUCUGGUCCAGGUGACUUAUGCCAAUGAACAGAAGAAGCCCAUCCUAACGAGCAUGAAUCAAGUAUUGGCUUCGGGAGAGAGUUCACGAAUUGUGCAAAUGAAUAAAAGUAAUGGAGAAAAUUCGACAUUGAAGGUCCCAUUGGCACCUGGCGAUGUUAUGGGACGCGGCAUCCUGGAGCUGGAAUCGCAGUACCACUUCACCAUGGAACCACAAACCACGAUUGUAGUGCCCUUUGAGCAGGGCCUUCAGGUCUGGUGCGCCACUCAAUGGAUGGAUUUAACGCAAUAUAGUAUUGCGGCUAUGCUGCAACUUGACGCCAGCUUGGUGCAGUUGCAGGUGCGCCGAGUGGGUGGCGCCUACGGAGCCAAGGUCACCCGUUGUAACCAGGUGGCCUGUGCUGCCGCUCUAGUGGCCCAUAAGCUGAACAGACCUGCACGCUUUGUGCAAACCAUUGAGUCCAUGAUGGAGUGCAAUGGCAAGCGCUAUGCCUGCCGAUCCGACUACGACUUUGUGGUGCGAGCUAGUGGUGCCAUAAGUAUGCUCAACAAUAACUUCUACGAGGAUGCAGGCUGUUCGCUGAAUGAGAAUGUGGUCGACUUCUUGACCAUGCCAGCCGUGAGGAACGUCUACAAUUUGAACGCCACCAACUUCAAGGUCAAUGGCAGCGCCGUCGUCACAGAUGCGCCGAGCUCCACAUGGUGUCGCGCACCGGGCACAGCAGAGGGCAUUGCGAUGGCAGAGGUUCAGUUGGAGCAUAUUGCCUUUGCCAGUAAGCUGGAUCCAGCCGAUGUGCGUUUAGUAAACCUGCGGCCGGGGAACAAAAUGGUGCAGCUAUUGCCGCGAUUCCUAGCCUCCACAGAGUACCGCCAGCGGCGACACGAUAUUAAUGCGUUCAAUGCACAGAAUCGUUGGCGCAAACGUGGUAUUGGCCUAUCACUAAUGGAGUUCCCUUUGGCCACCUCUAUUGGUUACAGUUAUCCAACCACUGUUUCCAUUUAUCAUUCAGAUGGCUCUGUGGUCAUCACGCAUGGUGGCAUUGAGAUCGGACAGGGAAUCAAUACGAAAGCAGCACAGGUGGCAGCCUUUACUCUGGGCCUGCCCCUCGAGAAGGUGCGCAUUGAGAGCAGCAACACUGUGAAUGGAGCCAAUGCCAUGGUAACUGCUAAUUCCAUGGCCAGCGAGAUGAUUGGUCUGGCCGUACGUAAAGCCUGUGACACUUUAAAUAAGCGGCUUCAGCCCGUGAGGCAGGCGUUGGGCCCCAAUGCCACCUGGAAACAGAUUGUGGAGCGUGCUUGGACACAAUCCAUUCUUCUUAUUGCCACCGAUUCGUAUAAAGUUGGGGAUAUACCCAAUUACAACAUCUAUGGUCUGUGUCUCACCGAACUUGAGGUGGACAUCUUGACGGGCAACCAUUUGAUUCGACGCGUCGACAUACUGGAGGAUGCUGGGGAGAGUCUCAGUCCAAACAUCGACGUGGGCCAGGUGGAGGGUGCCUUUGUCAUGGGCUUGGGCUACUAUCUGAACGAGCUGUUGCUUUACGAUCGCCAAACGGGACGGCUUUUGACGAAUCGCACCUGGAACUAUCACCCACCGGGCGCCAAAGACAUACCAAUUGACUUUCGCAUAGAGCUGCUGCAAAAGAACCCCAACCCGGUGGGGUUUAUGCGUUCCAAGGCAACCGGGGAGCCAGCCUUCUGUCUAUCUGUGGGCGUACUUUUCGCCAUGCAACACGCGCUACAAUCGGCACGCGAUGAUGCCGGACUGCCCAGAGAAUGGGUUCGACUAGGCGCGCCCACUACACCGGAGACAGUCGUAUUGAAUGCUGGCACAGAGGUGCAGCGCUUUGCAUUGAAAUAGACCUAAACUGUCAUUAUUUACAACUGGCAAUAUAUAAUUCAAAUCUAAACUUUCCACUUAAAUACAAGACAACAAACCAAAACAAAAGCUGAAGAGGACAUUGAUUGAAAGAAUAUAUCUAACCGAAAUACUCAAAAAUAUAGCCCAUUACUUUGGAGC